AUGCUCGCCACCGUCUCUUCCCUCACCUGCACCGCUCCCAGAGCCACCCCCGCCCUCAGAUCAGCAGCCAUGGCAUCCCUCAGGACAAAGCACACCUUGCCCGAUCUCCCCUACGCCUACGACGCCCUCGAGCCCUCCGUCUCGGCAGAGAUCAUGAACCUCCACCACACCAAGCACCACCAGACCUACGUCAACGGCCUCAACGCUGCCGAGGAGUCUCUUUCCAAGCUUACCAGCGAGGGAGACGUCAAGGGCGCUAUCGCUCUCCAGCCUGCCCUCAAGUUCAACGGUGGUGGCCAUAUUAACCACUCUCUUUUCUGGAAGAACCUCGCUCCCCACGGUUCCGCCGAGGCCAAGUUCCCCUCCUCUGGCGCCCUCUACGACCAGGUGCAGGCUGACUUUGGCUCCUUUGACAACCUCAAGAAGGAGCUCAGCACCAAGUCUGCCGGUGUCCAGGGCUCCGGUUGGGGCUGGUUGGGUUUCAACAAGGGUACCAAGAAGCUUGAGGUUGUCACGACUGCCAACCAGGACCCCCUUUUGACCCACGUUCCCAUCAUCGGUAUCGAUGUCUGGGAGCACGCCUUCUACCUUCAAUACAAGAACGUCAAGGCCGACUACCUCUCUGCCAUCUGGGACGUCAUCAACUACAAGGAGGCUGAGGCUCGUCUCAAGGCCGCCCUCUAA